CAUACCUUUUCAUUUUUCACUUCCUUUUUAUCUAUCGUCUUCUACAUUUGUCUUCUUGUUCCAAGUCCCAUCUCCAUUUCCUUAAAGUCAAUCAUUAGCAUUCACAGAGCUAAGUUAAACUGCAGCCUAAAAUAAACAGGAGUGAGGUGAUGGAUACAAACGAAUCAUGCGUUCCACCUGGAUUUCGAUUUCAUCCAACGGAUGAAGAACUCGUUGGAUACUAUCUUAGAAAGAAAAUUGCAUCACAAAAAAUUGAUCUUGAUGUUAUAAGAGACAUUGAUCUAUACAGAAUUGAGCCAUGGGAUCUGCGAGAUAAAUGCCGGAUCGGAUAUGAAGAGCAGAACGAGUGGUAUUUCUUCAGUCACAAGGAUAAGAAGUAUCCAACAGGGACGAGAACAAAUAGGGCAACAAUGGCAGGGUUUUGGAAGGCUACAGGACGAGACAAGGCUGUGUACGAUAAAUUGAAACUUAUAGGUAUGAGGAAAACCCUAGUCUUCUACAAGGGUAGGGCACCUAAUGGCCAGAAAACUGACUGGAUUAUGCACGAAUAUCGACUCGAAUCCGACGAGAAUGGUCCUCCACAGGAAGAAGGAUGGGUGGUUUGUAGAGCAUUUAAGAAGAAAAUUACAGGGCAAACGAAGACCAAUAUGGGUGAAGGUUGGGAAUCAAAUUACUUCAACGAAGAACCAAGUACUGCAGUUAGCUCAAUAGUAGAUCCUCUUGAAUACAUAACAAGGCAGCCUCCUCCUCCAAAUUUCAUGGCACAAAAUCUACUAUGCAAACAAGAGAUGGAAUUAGCUGAAAACAAUAAUCUCAAUUUUUCCUAUAGUAAUUCUGAUCAAUUUGUACAGCUUCCACAGCUAGAAAGCCCCACUCUACCACUCAUAAAAAGGCCAAUUAGCUCCAUGUCACUGGUGUCCGAGAAUAGUAAUCAAGAAGACGAUGAACAGACGAUAAAUAAACGAUGUAGUACUAUUAAUAGUACUAGCCAAAAUGUAACAGGGGAUUGGAGGGCACUUGACAAAUUUGUAGCAUCUCAAUUGAGUCAUGAUAAUCAUGAACAAGAGAGUAGAUAUGAAGCAGAUCAUGGGUUACUUUCCAGCUUUGAAGAAGAAGCUCACAAUUAUUCAGAUUUGGGAAUGCUGCUAUUGCUGAGUGAAAGGACAGAAGGGCCAAAGCUGAAUGAGAUUUUGAGUUCAAGCUCUGAUGAUUUUGAUACUGGCGUUUGCAUAUUUGACAAAUGAUCGAUCGGCAGGUAUAUCACCAAAAACAAAGCAGAGAAAAGAUAUACUGUAUACUUUUCUCAGGGAUGAUUGAGUAGACUUUGAAAUUAUUAUAUAUACAUAUAUAUAUAUAUAAAUAUCAUGUAAGUAAAAGUUAGUAUUAUUUGUGAAAUGGUGAGAGAAUCUAUUCCAGUGGA